UUUUUUUCGGAGCCGAGCUCCGCCCGUCGCGGCCCCGCCGCCGGGCGCCGAGCCGCCGGUGCCGCCGCCCUGCACCCAUGCCGGGCCCCGGGGGGCUCCUGCUGCUCGCUGCCGCGCUGGCCGCGGGCACCAAGCAGAGAGGCAGCGCCGGGCAGCCAGACCCUGCUCUGUGGUCAUCAAGCAGCGACAUCGUUCAUCCGAUCAAGGUUGACGAGACUGGAGCCUUCCUGUCCUACGAUUUGUCCCACCGAGUGCUUCACAGAAGGUCUCUUUCCUCCAAGAGCAAGUUUCUCACCUUCUAUGAAAUGCAUUACAAAGGCCAACCCCUGAAAUUCAACCUGAGCCUCAACAACAACCUCCUCGCGCCCGGGUUCGUCAGUGAGAGACGAUACGGGGGAAUCGCUGACGCCAAGAUCCAGUCCCACACUUACAACUCCUGCCAUAUGAUUGGGGAGGUUCAGAGCCGGACCCUGAAGGGUGGCCUGGCCGCGCUCAGCACAUGUGAUGGCCUGAAAGGCGUGUUUCGGCUCAUGAACGAGGACUAUUUCAUCGAACCAGUGGCCGCCAGCACUCCCGAGGACAGCGUGGCACAGCCCCACAGGAUAUACAAACGCCACGCUCCUGAGCACCGGGGAGAGCAAGGCAAGAGGCAGGCGGCGGCGCGGGCAGCCUGCGGCGUGCAAGAAUCUCGGGAAAAUCUGGAGAGGUCUGAGAAGCGGCGGGAGAGAUGGGAACAGAAACAACACAGGAAGAGAAGAAUAAAGCAGCGCUCCAUCAGCAAGGAGAAGUGGGUGGAAACGCUGGUGGUGGCAGACACCAAGAUGAUAGAAUACCACGGGAGUGAGAACAUCGAGAAGUACGUGCUGACCGUGAUGAACAUGGUGGCAGGGCUGUUCCACCAUGCCAGCAUCGGGAACCCUAUCAACAUUGCCAUAGUGCGACUCAUCCUGCUGGAGACCGAAGAGGAGGAUCUGAAAAUCUCCCACCAUGCAGACAACACCUUGAAAAGCUUUUGCAAGUGGCAGAAGAGCAUCAACGUGAAAGGAGAUUCCCAUCCCUUACAUCACGAUGUUGCAGUCCUGCUCACAAGGAAGGACAUCUGUGCAGCGAUGAACAGACCCUGCGAGACCCUGGGUCUGUCCCACGUGGCGGGGAUGUGCCAGCCCCACAGGAGCUGCAACAUCAAUGAGGACACGGGGCUGCCCCUGGCCUUCACCGUGGCCCAUGAGCUAGGACACAGUUUUGGGAUUCAGCAUGAUGGAAGCAGCAAUGACUGUGAGCCAGUUGGGAAAAGACCUUUCAUCAUGUCUCCACAGCUCCUGUAUGACACGUCCCCACUCACCUGGUCCCGCUGCAGCCGGGAGUACAUCACACGAUUCCUCGACCGGGGCUGGGGGCUGUGCCUGGAUGACCCCCCUGCCCGGGAGGUGCUGGAUUUCCCCCUGGUGCCCCCGGGCGUCCUCUACGACGUGGGCCAUCAGUGUCGCCUGCAGUACGGUGCCUACUCCACCUUCUGUGACGACAUGGACAGCGUCUGCAACACGCUGUGGUGCACGGUGGGGACCACGUGCCAUUCCAAGCUGGACGCUGCCGUUGAUGGCACAGCGUGCGGGGAGAACAAGUGGUGCUUCAACGGCGAGUGCGUGCCAGUGGGUUACCGUCCCGAUGCCAUCGAUGGCAGCUGGGGGCCCUGGAGCUCGUGGGCUGCCUGCUCGCGGAGCUGCGGCGCGGGCGUGCAGAGCGCCGAGAGGCAGUGCAGCAGCCCCACGCCGAAGUACGGGGGCAGGUACUGCCUGGGGGAGCGGAAGCGGUUCCGGAUCUGCAACAUCAGGCCGUGUCCCCCCGACAAGCCGUCCUUCCGCCAGGUGCAGUGCAGCCAGUUCAACCCCAUGCCCUACAAGGGGAAGCUCUACAAGUGGACGCCAGUGCCCAACAACAUUAACCCCUGCGAGCUGCACUGCCGCCCGGAGAACGAAUACUUCGCAGAAAAGCUGCGGGACGCUGUCAUCGAUGGGACCCCGUGCUACGAAAUGAACGCCAGCCGGGACAUGUGCAUCAACGGCAUCUGCAAGAACGUGGGCUGUGACUACGAGAUCGACUCCAACGCGGUGGAGGACCGCUGCGGCGUCUGCCACGGGGACGGCUCCACCUGCCACACCGUCCAGAAGAUGUUCGAGGACAGCGAGGGGCUGGGUUACGUUGAUAUUGGGAUUAUCCCCGCUGGAGCCCGAGAGAUCCGCAUCGAAGAAGUCGCAGAAGCCGGCAAUUUCCUGGCGCUGCGGAGUGAGGACCCCGAGAAAUAUUUCCUGAACGGCGGCUGGACCAUCCAGUGGAACGGGGAUUACAGGGUGGCAGGCACCACCUUCACCUAUGCGAGGACAGGGAACUGGGAGAACCUCACGUCUCCAGGGCCCACCGUGGAGCCCGUGUGGAUCCAGCUCCUGUUCCAGGAGACCAACCCCGGUGUGCGCUACCAGUACACCAUCCAGCGGCCGGCCGACAGCGAGAACGAGAUCGAGCAGACCGAGUUCCUCUGGCGCUUCGGCUCCUGGACCACGUGCACCGCCACCUGCGGCACCGGGGUGCAGAGGCAGAUCGUGCACUGCGUGGAAAAGCUGGCCGGCAUUGUGGAGGAGCGAUACUGCGACGCGCUGACCCGGCCCGACGACCAGCAAAGGACGUGCAACGAGGAGCCCUGCCCCGCCAGGUGGUGGGUCGGAGAGUGGCAAAAGUGCUCGGCCACGUGCGGGACGUCGGGGCUGAUGAAGAGGACGGUGCUGUGCAUCCAGAGCGUGGGGCUGGACGAGCAGAGGGCCUUGCAGCAAGCCGACUGCCAGCACCUCUCCAAGCCAGAAUCCACCGCUCCCUGCCAGCGGGAUGUGCCCUGUCCCUCGCAGUGGGCCGUGGGGAACUGGUCAGAGUGCUCGGCAACGUGUGGCAAUGGGACACAAAGACGCCCUGUGUACUGCAGCAAUAAUACCCAGGCGACUUGUGACCCCGAACAAAGACCCAGCUCGGAAACUAUUUGCUCCCUGCCACAGUGCCAGAUGAAAUUAGACGACGCCAACACCGACUGGUCCGGCAGCGGCUCUUCCAGCAGAGAAAUGUUUAAUGAGAUAGAUUACAUCGGCAAUAACCACAUCACGGAAUUUAACCCCUUAAUCCCAAACAUCCCAGAGUCCAACGACGUCAAUAUCAUAACCGAGGAGGACUUCUCAUCCAGAAAAGGAAACGUCUUUGUUGAUGACUUUUACUACGAUUAUAACUUCAUCAACUUCCAUGAGGAUCUGUCCUAUUACCCCUUCACCGAGAAAGAAACCAAAAGUGAGGGCCCUAAGCCCGAGCUGAGCAGCAACGAUGUGGAGGAGCCCCCUGAGCUGCCCGCAGAUGUCCUGCACACCGUGGAGCCAGGAGAAGGAGCAAAUGGGGACGAUCUGGUGAAACAAAGAGAAGGAAAUGUUUCUGCUCCCGUGCACAGCGAAGGGGAGGCAGAGUCAGGGGGUUUUGUCAUCCACGACCUCCUUGGCAUGGCCCCAGAGCACAAGGGCACCAGCACAACCGCUCCCAGCACGGCGGCUCCUGCUCCCACAGGUGAUGAGGGGGGCGAAGUGCUCGUGCCCCGCUCCGAGGAGCUGCUGCCCACCCAGCCCGCAGCGAGUCGGGGCUCUCCCAGCAGCCUGGGCAACCUGCUCCCCGAUCAGCCCGCAGGCACCGUGCUGGCAGGCUCUGUUCCCGUGUGGGAUGGGGAUGCUGCCGCCCGCAGCAUCGCUCCCUGGGCUCCGGCUGCUCCCUCCACGCCGCUGCCUGGUGACAGGGGCAGUGCUGGUGCAGACAGCGCGUCCCACAGCCUGGGAGAGCCUGAGAGCACGGCGCCUCCUGAUAACACUGCCAGCCCCGGGAAGGGCCGGGAAAACUCUCGGGAAAUGGGGUUUGUCAUCACCAGUGAUGGUAACGGUGCUGCCUCCAAGGCCGAAGAGCAGGAGGAAUUGGCAGAAAUGCCAGCAGCAGAGGGGACUGUGCGCACACACACAACACAGGAGCAGCCACACGUGGCAGAGGGGACGGGUCCGACCUCCCCCACCACCCACAGACCACAGCAGGAGGUGGGCAGGAGCGCUGAAAGUGCUGGUCCCAUUGCAAGCCCUCAUCCUGCAGGUGCUACGGAGAGCCCCCCGUGGGAGGCAGGGCAGCAGGCGGGGUACAACACCCCCCUGUCCCUCACCUCGGCCCCCUUUGUGGCCACAACAGCCCUGCCAGCACCCGUGUCCGUGUCCCCCACCACUCCUGGGCUGCCCACCCAGCUCACCGCCAGCGGCCUCCCCCAGAGAGCUGCCCUGGCGCCAGCCCCCCCUGAGCCCCCAGCUCCGGGGUGGACCGAGGGGAGCCUGGGGGAGACGUGGGUGCUGCAGCACCCGGAGCCAGCCCCCCACACACCCCCCCAGACCUCCAGCGUGGCCCAGAUGGGCAGCACGGCUCCGGGGCAGCGCUUCCCAUCAGCAGCCCCGAGGACAUUUGCUUACGGAGAUGGAGAUGGAGAUGGAGAUGGAGAUGGAGAUGGGGAGCAGGAGGGAUCCCAGCCCACUCCCACACCCCCAGGGCUCUGGGGACAGGACGAGGCUUUGCUGCUGCCAUCCACUGCUGAAACAGCCGCUGUGACACCCAGCUGGGAGGUCGGCAACUGGAGCGAGUGCUCGGCCACCUGCGGCGUGGGCGCGAUCUGGCGCAGCGUGCGCUGCAGCACGGGCACGGAGCGGCACUGCGCUGCUGCCAGCAAGCCCGUCCCCGCCAGGAGGUGCUCCCUGAGGCCGUGCUCGUCCUGGCGCGUGGGGAACUGGAGUAAGUGCUCCAGGAACUGCGGUGGAGGGGUGAAGGUUCGGGACGUGCACUGCAUCGACACCAGGGACCAGAGGCUCCUGCGGCCCUUCCACUGCCAGGCUGUCCUCUACAAACCCCCGGCGCAGAUGCCCUGCCAGAGCACGCCGUGCCUGGACUGGUACACGUCCUCCUGGAGAGAGUGCUCAGAGCCCUGCGGCGGAGGGGAGCAGGAGCGCCUGGUGACGUGCCCGGAGCUGAACCGCUGCGAUGAGGCCGUACGGCCCAACAACACCCGGCCCUGCAACACCCACCCCUGCACCGGCUGGGUGGUGGGCUCCUGGGGGCAGUGCUCGGCGCCCUGCGGCGGGGGCAUCCAGCGGCGCCAGGUGAAGUGCAUCAACACGCAGACGGGGCAGGUGGAGGAGGACAGCAGCCUCUGCGACCACGAGCCCUGGCCCGAGAGCACGCAGAAGUGCAACCCGCAGGACUGCGAAGGCACCGAGGCGGGCUUCGUCUGCGAGCGCGACCGCUUGACGUUCGGCUUCUGCCAGACCCUGCGGGUGCUGGGAAGGUGCCACCUCCCGACGGUCCACGUCCAGUGCUGCCAGAGCUGCCGCCAGCACGGGCACCACGCGCCCGGCCGGGACCGCGGGGAUGAGCGGGCCUCCAGGAGGUGACAGGACCAUCCCCGAGCGCAGAAAGCACCGGGACCAGCGGCGGCUCCGGGAGCAGCCCUGCGGCACGGCAGGGAGCUGGGGAGCAGCCGGGCGUGCUGCUCUGUCGCCACACGGUGCUCUUGCAAAACACAGGGAAGGCUCCAUUUGUUGUAUUUGUGCUCCACGUAACGGUGCUCAAACCUUCAGUCUGAAAAAUUGCGUCUGGCUCGGGCUGGGUGCGCGGGUCCCACGGGGAAUGGGCCGGGGCGGGCGCAGCUCUCCCUCGGGGUUGCAGCCAGCGCUGAGCGAGCAAAGAGAAAGCAUUUUAGGGAAGGGAAACUUAAAGCAGCAAUAAUUUGGGGGAGACUUCUCAGAAAUGCUUAUGGUGCUAUCACUUGACAUUUUAAGCCUCUUGAUGGUGUUGGCAGGCCAGCACGAAACUCCUGACUUUUAUCAUUAUUUUUAUAUAUGUAAGUGAGUAUCUGUCAUUCCACCACUGCAGCUGACCAUGUGGAGUCAUUUUUUUUCCCUUAAGGGUCUGGAAGCUGGCAGCCCAUUUCUGUAAUUUUCAUUGACUUGUUUACGCACUGAAGCUAAAUAACUGUAAUUUAAGAAAUGGAGAGAGAUCAGAGGCAGAAAGCUUUCGGCUUCAGUUCCCACCAGCAGUCCCAGGCUCACAGCGCACACAAGGGCUCUGCCCUCUUCAUCCCGCUGCUGGCUUCUGCUGCAAAGCCAUUGCCCACGCUCCUGGGCAGUGUGGAGCAAUGGUUAGGGACAUCAAGGCAUGAAUGAAAUGAGUCUUGCUCUGGAGCCGGACAGCGUAGGCCCCUGCACGUGCUGAUGACAGAGAUGGGAAGCGGCUCCGGCCCCAGCUGGGAGCCUCUGCCCGGCAAACCCCACGCGCCUCCCUUGGCUGCGUGGCUCCUCGCAAAGCCCGACUGGCAAAGUGAAUUGUACUCACACAACUGGAUUUCCGUAUGCAGUUAUGGCAUAGAAGUGUAAUGGUUGGUUAAGGUGUUUUUCUGUGCUCUCGCCAAGCUAAAACCCUUCUUUCUGCUUAUAUAGAGGCACUUCUGUUAAGGUUAGUCGAUUCUUUUAUCUAGAGUAUCUGCUAUUGUAUGAGCGGCACCUCGGCUCGCGCAGCCCUCGCAGCCGGUGCUCGUGUGCUGAUCCUCGGUGUCUUUGCUCUUGGGUUGGUUCCUGGAGGGUGUCGGGAGCAUCUCGGUGGCACGUCCUUUCUGUGGUACUCUUCAGGCUAUAGAAGAUGAAACUGGGGAGACCGCAAACACAGCCCUGCUUGUGCUACACUGAACACGAGCUGCCCUGUGUUGAGCAAUGCGGUCACAGAGUCCAGGAUGGAUUUUUUUCUUCAUUUGUACUGUCUGGGACAACGUGCAGCACUGCCGCGUAACAAGGGAAAUUCCUGUGUGUAAUUUGUAUGUAAAACACAAGCCAAGACUUCACUGUUUGUGUUGUACUCCUUUGCAAUGUGGUGUCAAUUUUUGUGUUUCGAAGCCUGGGUGCAUUCCUGUUUUCCUUUGCGUCGGCACCAUCCGUCCUCUGCUUCUGUCGGUGCUCCGAGGUUUUGCUGAGGAACAGCCUCCAAAUGUGUUGGGUUUUAAUGGCUAUAGCUCAUAAGUGUGUUAAAUUAAACAGUUACUGAAGGAAAUGGAA